CGGUGCUGUCUUCAGUGGCUCCGUCGUAUCGAACAUGGACGUUGUGCCCUGCUCGACCCCACUUGGGGAUCGCAUCAUCGACGACAAGUUUUUUUCCCGGAACCUGCAGCGUACGUACUAGACACGACGACGGUCGUGUUGGACACGACGACACCCGUGUUGGACUCGAUGAUGACCGUGUCGACGACGACCGUGUCGGAUAGGACAACGAUCGUGUCGGACACGGCAACGACAGUGUUUCAGACGACGGCGGUCAUGCUCGACCCGACGACGAUGGCGUUCCACACGACGACGAUCGUGUUCGACACGAUCGUCAUCGUGUUCGACACGAGCGUCGUCGUGCUCAACACGAUGACGACACUGUUGGACACGACGACGAUCAUGUCGAACACCUCGAAGAUCGUGUCCAACACGAUGACGAUCGUGCUCGACACGAUGACGAUCGUGUCCGACACCUCGGCGGUCGUGCGCCACACGACUGCGGGCGUGCUCGACAUGACGACAAUCGUGUUCGACACGACGACGACCGUGCUCGAUAUGACGACCUACGCAAAUAAACGGCAUAAAGAACUGUUGGAGGAAAUUUGAGGAGCACCGUCGAGUCGAACACGACAACGGACUGGAGCAGGAGUCGUAUCGGACACGACGAUCGGGCCGGUCGUCGAAUCAAACUCGACGACCGAACGAAUCGUUGUGCCGAAGACGGCGACUGGAGGAGCACCGCCGAGUCGAACACGACAACGGACCGGAGCAGGAGUCGUCUCGGACACGGCGAUCUGGCCGGUCGUGGAAUCGAACUCGACGACCGAGCGAAUUGUCGUGCUGAACACGACUGUCGAGUCCGACACGAUCGUCGAGUCCAACACGAUCGUGCCUUGAUGUUGAGUCGAAUACGAUUAUCCGUGCCAUGUCGAGUCGAACAUAGUUGUCCCUUCCUCGUCGAGUCGAACACUAUCACCGAGCCCAACACGAUC